UGUUAGGUUAAUUGCGCAAGGAGGAUCAUAUAAUAAUACAACUUUAAAAUCAAUUACAAAGUUAAAUUUUUAGCUAUUAUGACAAAAUACGAGGUUGGAAGCAUAAAAAAGGGGAAAAUAAAUGAAAUAAAAGGAAGCUAACAAAUGGGCUGGUUUGUGAAACCCGGAUUUUGGAGUCAGUUUUCCCGAAAUCGUACGAAAGUCGUAAGAGGGGAGGGCACCGUGCGUGCGUGCACGCGUGUUGCGUGCAGUAGGCCUACGGUAGAUGCACUUUUGGGAAAUCAUGCAUAUACGUGGCAACAUCGCACAGCGGGCUCACAUUCCACGUGAUCAGGACCGGUUUGCGGGUGUCGACCCACUGACACUCGUCCACCACAGAUAAACCUUGGCCCUGCAUAUGGGAUACAUACACCUUACUUGUGCUUCUUUUUAUUGCAACACUGAAGAUAUUCUAACCACUGAUGCAUAGAAAUCCACUGGACGAUCAAAAUGGCUGUUGUUUUACAAUGGUUAUACUACCACUCCUACCAUUCAAAAAUAAUAUCUAUUUCCAAACAUUAGAACACGAAUUAAUUUGUAGUUAUUUAAAUUUUUAAUCUAUCUUAACAGGUUAGAUUAUGCAGCAAUUUUCAGAAACAGAUUAGAGUUCUAAAGGAAUGACUCUAUAAUAACGUCAUAGAAUUCCAUUUCACUAAUUAGAACUAUAUUCCAUCCCCCAAUGUGCUCGCGUAAAUAGAAUAUUAUUACUAUAGAAGAAUACCAUUAGAGUAUUAUUAUUGUAGAAGAGGAGAGCUUGAAGUUUGAUCAGAAGAGUAUUGAACGAGAAUUAUUAUCAAAUAAAUAAACACGCGAGAAGGGUUUGAUUCUUACAUUAACACCUCGUACAGAUGCAUGUAAAGGCCUCGGCGUGCAUUGCAAGGCCAUUGACCGAAGGGAUCCCCGAUCGAUGAUCGGCUACCUGCUGAUACAUUGUUGCCUAUACAAUAGCGAAAGUAUUGUUGGUCCAGUGGGUACCCUCCGGCGUCAAGUGCAAUUAUUCCGUGUAACCGAGUACACUUUGUUCCUACUGUUCAAGAUCUGCUUUGCCUUGUUGCAUGGCCAUUCAUUGCAGCUACCGGGUGCAACGCCCCAUUCACCUGUGUCAUCGGCCUCCACGAGUAAUUCUAUGUGCAUCCUUUCUUUCUAUAGAACACAAGUACUAUCUCGGAGCAACAGAAAUGAUUAAAAAGUACUAUUACUAAAAAUAAUUACUAGAAAUAAUUAAUUUUAUUAGUAAGGUGCAAAAUGUUCUUUUUUAAUGUAGUCUUCUAAAAUCAGAUGGCAUGAAAAAAUGAUUCUAUAUUGAAGGAUUAAGCAGUUUAUCAUUUUAAGUUUGAUACAAUUAAAUAAUAAAGAUAAUUUGAUAUGCAUUUAAUGACAUAAUCACGUUCUACGAAUUUGAAUUUUAUUCUUUCGCUCAGACGAUUGAGGCAAAAUUUCGAGACAGUUUUCUAGAGAAGUCAGGAGGACGAGAAGCGUAUGUGAAGAGAAACAGGUUCCUCAAGGGGAUUGAAAAGCCGCUUGCAUGCACCUUUUCAGAUGAGACCAGCCUAGAUCCAUGUAAAGCUCCCUUCCUUACAGAUAGCCUACACCUACAUGAUUCUUCUGUGUAUUUUACGUAAGUGGGAUGCACAUGUGUAUAUCUAAUGGUUCAUUUAUUUCAUUUUCGGAGAUCAACACAAUUUAAUAUUAUUUUAAAUUAUCAGAAUUAUUUAUACAACCUUUAUCUCUUUGUUUUCUAGAAGAAAGAAGAAGUAGUCAGAGUAAUAUUUUUAGAACGACACGACAAAAUACGCAAGAAUACCGAAUCAAGAAUUCUAUGCUAUCUGUAGAUAAGCAAACAGUUGGUAUCCCUCUAUCAUCGCUUUGCUCACGAUAGAUAAUGUGCAACGUUGCUAUAGCUAUCACUAAUAUGUUCUUCCUAUUCGUUCUUUCUUUCCUCUAUUCGAGGAGUCACUAACUUCCUUUUUAAUGGCUCCUUCGGAACGCACGAAGCAGCCUAUGGCUUUUCGUUCGUCCUGCGUUUUUUUAGUGAAAAUCUGGUCGUCCUGAGACAAGAGGGAGUAAGCUGGCUGCUAAAUCUGGAGCUCCGGUUGGUUGUUUUAUUAAAUGGAACCGCAACUAUUCCAAAAUGCCUUGUGCAUAAACCAAGAUCAAUUCUAUGAUUCCAAUUUACUUUAUGAUUUAAAGAAAACUUCAAAUUGUACAAUAAACUGCAAAUCUUCAAUUUUUAGGUAAUUCUAUAAAUGGCGUAGUUGAAAUUUAGAUUUUGUUAAUUUUUUAAAUUUAGAAAUUCUCCAUUUCAUUGAUAUUCGACGACUGAGUGAAAAUUAUUAAUAAUAUUAAUAGACAAUUAAAACAGUGUUCUCUAGUUUUAGACAUCUUUUGAAAGAUAAAUUUAGAUUUGGAUUUAGAUAUCCUAUUGAAAGAGGAACGAACAUAGCAAUUUUAUAAAUUAACACGAAAGACCAAUUCACUAUGUGGAAGUAGAAAGAGUCUAGUCGAGGUCGGUGUGUUCAGCCGACAUCGAAUAUGGAAUUUUUUCGAUGGCGCAACGGUAUACAAGGAUUCACCUUAACAGCUUCGCAUUCCCCCUUUUCCUUCGUCUUUUUCUUCGCCCAAGGGUCUCGUCCGAUGGCGCACUCACUAACACAUUCACAAUUCUAUCGAUGUCAGUGUAAAACUAUGCAUACGUGCACGCGAGCACGCAGGAAAACGAUUUUCUUUUAUCGUGCCCCGCUUUUAUCGUCUCUACUUCUUCUUUUGCUGUACGAACUGGUCGAGAUAAGGUGGGAAUCGAGCCGCAUAUUUUCGGCCCGUUCUUAAUGCGCCACUUCGCGAGCCCUAGUAAACAGGAAACGACGUCCACGUGCGUCUGUUCGUGAGGGAAAGGAGAGAAGAGAGAACUGGCAAGCUUUUUUAGCUAUGUUUCAUUCAGCCUUCUAUUUUAUUCCCUAUAUGAAUUUUCAUUGCAAUCAUCACAGUAGAUCUAUUUUUUUAAUUUUCUAUGGAAAUGGACUUCUAUAAAUUUAUUACAAAGUAGAAAGAGUUGAAUCGAAGAAUAGAAAGUUAUACUGCUGGUUACGAUGAAAUGCGGUUUGAUUUGCCAGGAACAUGGGAAAAAUUUUGGAAGAUUUUAUAAGAGGACGCAAGCGCAAUCGACAGUUGCAUAGAAGCCAGGGCGUGGUAACAAUUUUCGGGAACGCAUAUAGACACGCAGGUUUCUCGUACCUUGCCGCACAUUAGUCCACUGAUAAUUAGUGAUGGUCUUAAGAUGCCUCUUCAGUUUUCACAAUUUUUAACAUCUGUAUCUCUCUAUCUAUACGUAUAAAUUCUGGAAGAUUUGCAACAAAUCUCUUAAUUUUACUAAAAGGAUCAUUGAAACAAUACAGUGUCAACUAAUACGAAGAGGCAAUUUUGUAAUUGAGCAAGAUAAUAAGAAUUUUUAAAUACAAAAUGGUAGAGAAGUCAUGAUAAAAAUUUCGAGGAAAUAAAAAAGUUGAGCCGUUGCUCGAAAACUUGCGAGAAACAGGGAAUCUAAUAUCCAUCGCUAGCGCUGAUACGCGGGUGAAAGACGUGGGUGUACACAUACGAUGCCGCAUAGUCAUCCACGCACGCACACGCGUGCAAGCAUGCACCACUUAGAUGUGUAUGCAUCGUACCCCGCAGGAUAUUGGCCUAGACGCAGUGUGAUUGGCCGAUCAUGCAACCAGGGGCGACGAUGCCUCUGCAAGACUCCUUGUGCGUGCUAUUCAGUGGCGUAACUUUGCCAUCUAUAUGUUUUUUAGCUUUUUUACGCCCUUUGAAGCCGAACUUCAAUAGUAUAAAUACUACAUAGCACAAUUUACACCAAUAAAAUAGUAUAAUAUUACAGAAAAUAUGAAAUUAAAAUUGCAAGUCAUUAUCAAUAUAAACUAUCAUAGUUUAAAAUUACAUUCAUAAUAUCUUAAUUAUACAAUUUGGCUCAUUUCUGAAACUAAUUCAUCUUUAAUGAAUAGAUAAUGAGUAGUGAUAGAAGCAUACUGCAAAUUGUUAUUUGUUAUUAAUAAUACAAUAAUAUAAUCAAAUAUAUAGUUAGAUGCGACAAAUUUUACUUUCUGAAAACUAGCAAGAUUUGCAGUUAAAUAUCUAAGGAUUCAAUGGAACAUUAGUUUCUUCAGAUUUCGUUACGAACAGACUAUGGUUCGCAUAAUCUACUCAUUAAAACAAACUUGUUAAUCGCCUAGUUAUUUCGUUUCUGUUGGACAAAGUUAUUUCGUUAAUCGCGUUAAUCGUUCUCGGGUACCGUUCAUUUCUUGCUAAUGCAUUUCAUUCAUUAAUGAUACGUCAUUUAAAAGUCCUAACUAGAAUAUUUCGCAUAAAGGGACGUCAGUUACGCCACUGGAUAUACGCACACAAUGACGACAGACGAAGCACGAACGCACACGUAUGAACACCCCUAUGCGAGGAGAGCCAUGACCAGCUCGGCCUAGUGCGUCUUCCACGCACGACUCGUCAGUGGUCGCCGAGUAGGCCGUGGGAGAGGGUUUCUAAAUACGUUAAAGCUUGCUUUUGCUACGAGUGUGCACUCGUAUCGUAUCGACUAGCGACACCGUUGCUUUCAAAGAUACUAUAAUCAUCAUCAGGAAUGCACCAAACCUCGAAAGAAACUAAUGUGACGAUUGCGAAAACAAAGCUUUAGUGAAGAUAUACAAAUAUCGAACAAUACACAUGUUAAGAAAGACAAGGACAAACAUUUGGAUAGCAAUAGAAGAUAAAACCAAGACGACAGUAGAAGACGAAGAUAAGAACUUUCGUGGGUGAAUUUUGUUUUUGUAAAUUAGACCGUGUACAUGAUCUGUUUGCAAAAUGAUUGGCUAUUACUGGUGAAGAUUAAAGGGAUGUGAAGAGAUUUGCUUUGAUCGGCGGUUUCGCGUAUACACGCGCUUCCGCGCGCUAUGUGCAGUCACUAGGGGUUGGAUUCUUUACGGCAACGUUUCUGUCGCCUGGCUUCAACGAAAUUGAGUUACCAAUGCGAGUGCACACAUAUGCUAACUAAUCGUACAUCUCCUAACGUACUACUCGGCGGCCAUUUGAACAGUUUCGCCGUACUACGCCAGAGUUUUGGAAAUUAUGCAUCGUGGAUUAAUGUUUGUCAAUCAUUAAACCCGCUUUGCUGAUUGAGUUAACCGAGAUGGCGAGUACCUCGCAGCAGUACUGUUUGCGUUGGAACAAUCACCGCUCUAAUUUACUGACAGUGUUCGAUGAGUUGCUGCAAAAUGAGGCAUUCACUGACGUGACUUUGGCAGUUGACGGAGGCGCGUCUGUCAAAUGCCACAAGAUGGUCCUAGCAGCAUGUUCCUCCUACUUCCAAACUCUGUUCAUUGACUUGCCAUGCAAGCAUCCUAUCGUCGUAUUGAAAGACGUGAAGUAUUCUGAGAUCAAAGCCAUCCUGGAGUAUAUGUACCGAGGCGAAGUAAACGUGGCUCAAGAGCAAUUGGCUGGGUUAUUAAAAGUCGCGGAAGUACUAAAGGUGAAAGGGUUGGUUGAAGAAAAUGGCCCCCAAGGUCGUCGUGACGAGGUUGAAACCUCUAUGUCACCUCCUCCAGCCAUAAGCACCAGUACAACCAGCAGCGCAGCUCACAGUAGUGAUCAUACGUCUCCUCCACAUUCUACGGGGACUACUUAUGAUAUUUAUGGCAAAUCACCAGCUGAUAGAAGUAGCCGUUUACCGCUGCCAAUGUGGCCUCUACCAGGGAUUCCUAUCACUCAUUCCAGCUCCAGUCACCAGACGGCGACACAUCAACAUUCUGCCAUGUUAAGCGGGUCAUCAUCCAUUUUAACCGGUUUUGAGACUUCUCCAUUGAAACGCAGGAAACUCUCAAAUAUGUUAAUGAACAGAGACACGCCGAUUCUCAGAACGGUGCUGGGUCAAGGUCACGCGGAUAGUUCCCAAGGGAUUCCCCUCUUGCACCCGGAUAGCCACGAAAAUCAGUUCAGAAGCAACAGUAAUGGCUCCUCGAAUGAGAAUGACAGACGCAGUAGUACGGAUGUAGUUCAUGGGGAUCCUGCACAUAGUCCUUAUACUGAUGUGUCUAUAAUGGAUGAAGACGAUAAGCAAGCAUCGCCACAGUCAUAUAUUCCAGACAUUAAACCAGGGAUGGUUAAUUACGUACCAGCGCAAAAGCCAGAAUGGAAACGGUACAAGCAAUACACGAGGGACGACAUAAUGUCUGCGAUCGAGGCAGUACGUUCGGGAAUGAGUGCCCUCCAGGCGGCACGUAAGUACGGAGUACCCUCUCGAACUCUUUACGAUAAGGUGAAAAAACUAGGAAUCACAACAUCACGACCAUUUAAACGUGGCUCGAAUGGUAGUGGCGCCUGUUUUCCUUACGGAAUCGGUGGUAACGCAAAUGGCAACAUCUACAGCGGUGCCCUCUCGGAAAACGAGAACGAGAGUGGCAGUGUGAUCGAGGGUUCUGGAUCUAUCCUCGAUACAUAUAAGUCGAGAGACGGUCUUGUAGACCGGGAGAUGUUGGACGCCAGUCGUUGUACCUCUAGCCCCAUAGUGCAUUCCGUGAAACAGCAGAACAACGAAGAUCAAGUCGAAGAUCUCUCUAUAAGUCGUAAGUCGGAUGUUCGUGUGAUAGUCCCACCAACCUCAGUGAUCAAGGACGAGGAGGAUAUUGGCUCUGAUUCGUGUAGUCACAAUUAACCUAGGUUUACUAUCUUACCUCUCAUGAUUACCAGGCUAUACCUCUGACAGAUACUAAACGUACUAUUACUCAGUCCUUUAUCACAUGGGAACUGUUCGAAAAGUUUCCAAAUAAUUUAAGGGCAUUGGAUUUUAGAAGAAAUUAUACGCAAGUAUCCGUAGUGUCCCGUGAAACGAAAAUACGUUCCAGCUUCGUAAUAUAACGAAUUUAAAAAAUUAUUCUAUAUUUGACGAUGAUCUGAUUGUUCGUUUCACGGGAGAUCCCCCUAGGGACAAUCACAGAAGUGUGUGUGCCUCAGAGAGAGCAACAAGGCGAUAUAAAUGGAUUAAAAGACGCAACCAAACAGAAGCCAAUUAAAUAAGUCAACGUUUAACAAAUGACUCAGGGAUCAAUAAUAGAGUGUCGUCGCAAAAGUAAGUCAUAGAACAUACGUAUAUACAUAAGGAAUCUGGUAUAUGAGGUUCUUCUCAGAUUACCUUGCACAAGACUGAUUCAUGCGUUAUGAGUUCAAGAGACUGAAGUAUAAUCAACGAUUGUGUUCCGAAGUUGUUAAAGCCUAAUGCUAAUAAGGAAUAUAGUGCCUUCUCAUAUUAACGUACUUUAACAAUUUAAAAGAAAGUAUCAGUAGUUCAUUAAAAGUUGUUAGUGAAAAGGAAGAAAAGCUUUGCAAAUGUUCUUGCUCGAAUAUUUAAUGAAAUUGACGACAUUUAUAUAUACAUAUAUAUAUGUUUUUGUUUUUUUAGCUUAUUUUAAUUUGUGAAGUCUUGAAGAAAUGCGUUUUAAUCAGAUUAAUCGCAGAAACUGGCUUUCGAUGAUACGCGAAAGAUCUUCAAGAUUUCACAAACUAAUUUCGAAUCGCAUUAAGCUUUAAACACUUUUGAACUAUUGAAUAUAUAUAUUUGUUUUUUUUUAAUUCAGUGUAAUCAUUGUGAUUCGAUAUUCUCGUUUUUUUCUCAUCUAGCAAUCUACAUAGUAGUAAUAUUUUAUAAUCUUCAUUGAUUUUUAUAGAAUAUAAAUGCCGCGUGAAAGAAAAAGGUGAAGAGAUUGUAUAUUGUUUUAAUAAUUUUGUUUUUAAUUCUUUUUUUUCUUUUAAGAGAGAUUUUCUAUCUUUAGCAUUAAAUGCUGUCACUAUGACAUAGAUUAUAUAUACAAACUAUAUAUUAUAUACAUGUAUACAUACAUACAUAUAUAUAUAUUCUGAAAAAGCAUAAAGAAAGAGAAAAAAAGGAUGGAGUUAUACACUUUGAAUAAUUUCGUGUUAUUGACUGAUGAUAUCGCUGUUAAUUUGUUGCUAAUUAUAAGAAUACAUUAGCGUUACUGAUCAAUGGCCCUGGGAUACAGCUGCAAUAUUGCUCAAUAUUAAUGCAUAAUAACAUACGAAUGAAGUACCUCUAAAUAUUAAUGCAUAAUAACAUACGAAUGAAUUACCUCUAAAUAUUAAUCCAUAAUAACAUGGAUUAAUACUACCUCGAAAUAUUAAUACAUAAUUACACGGAACGAACUACCUCAUUGUACAACGAACAAUAGUGUUCAUUAUUAACGUUAAGACUGAUAGAGCCGAACCUACAUUAUUAUAUAUAUUGUCUGCUAUAUUAUAUUAUAUCAUAUUACCUACGUAUAGAUAGUGAAGUAAUAAAUUUAAAACAUACGUUACGACUCACAUGUUCUUUUUGAAAAUAGAUUUAAGCACUUUUUAUUUUUCAGUUAUAAUUCUUUUCACUGAAACAUGUUACUGAAAUACAAAAUGCAAAGUGAAAAAUUUGGAAAGUAUUCAUUUCUUUAUCAAUAAUAUUAAAAUAGAACGAAAAACAGAAUUUGAUAAAACAAUCAUCCUGAGUGAACAUGGAGAAAAAUGCAAACGCAAGGCAAUGUAUUUUCAAAGAGAAUACCGUACUUCAUAGAAAAAAGUUGCGUGAAUGAGUGAUAUCCAAUGUGUGACGAAUAAUAUGUUUAAUAAUUAUUCCAAAUCAACAAAUAUCAAUUGCAUAACAAUUUCAAUAGAUUUGUUUAAAAAUUUAUAGCGCCAAACGACCAUUUGAAAUUUUUCUGUCCUCCCGCACUGGGUUGUUAUUGGUUACUUUUUUCGCGGGAGAACAACUUUGCGCAGUUGGUAGUAGUAUGUGCUGUUUGGAGAAUUAUUUAAUAGUGGUGACGAAUAACACUAAAUUGUAAUUUCACCUGAAUAUUUUGCUUUCUAUUUUUACAGCAUUUUACAUAUUUUAUAGCAUUUUAUUAUUAUAACAAUAGAAUUGUAGAAUAAUGAAAAAUUGAACACAAUCAAGUGUCUCAAAGCACUCGAGUGUCAGAUGAAAUGACAAUUUCUUGUUACUAUUGCAUAUAAUAAAAUUAUCACACUGUACCUGUACUCUGAUCGCUAUGCGAUUGUAAAAUAGAGAAAUAAUGUUUAUACAGAAUGUUUUAGAAAUCAUGGCACAAUGAUAAUAAGGCGGCGAUUUUAAGAUAGAAAAUAAGUCGAAAAUGUUGAAUGAAAUUUAUUGUGGUCUUAAGUGGAUAUACUGCGGAUUUUUAUGCAUUUAUGAGAAAUUUGGAGGCGCAAAAAUACACAAAAUGCAUACGAUAUACAGAAAUAUACCUUUGGUGAGCUGGUAAGUGAAUAUAAAUCAGAAUCAUUAGUUUUCCAGAGAAGCACUUAUAAUAUUUGAAGUGCAAUAUAAGGCCAGGUGUUAGAUUUUGAAUGUACUAUUAGAAUGAUAAGCAAAUGACAGUAAUGUGAAUUAUAUUAGCGUAAAAUAUCCAAAAUAGAAUAUUUAUUCUAAUAUUUAGCAGAUGAAACAAAUUCCUAUUUAAGUUCUAUUUCUAUAGUUAUGUUUAUAAAAAUACAAAAAUUCAUAAAAACCAACAAUCUAUAAACGGAGAAACUUUAUUCUAUGCUUCUAACUUAUUUCACGUAGAAUAAAUGCUGACUGUUUACUCAUAACCAGCCGGUAAUUAGCCAAGUUCACAUGAUCGAAUUUUGAAGUUUGAUUUUAUUGAAAACAAAGUGCCAUGUGAAAAAAUUUCAUUCCAUAUUCUCGAUUUAUUGACUCACGUAGUAUCCCUUCCUAUACCAUGAUUAUUAGAACACCUUGUAUACAAAAGUGACUGAUUUCAAUAUAGACAAAUAUUGAGGCCAUAUUGUAGCGAUAGAAAGAAAUAUUAAAAUUGAGAAAGAUAGAAAUAUAUAACAAUGCCGAAAUAGAUAUGCAUAUAACAUGCCUAACCAGGCAAAAAAUAGUUCAACCGAAGCAAAUAUUUAGACUGAGAUAUAUUUAAAAGACUAUACAAUGUGUUCAAAAUAAAGAGAGAAAGUAUAUAGUUGUAAAUUAAAAGUGCAAGGUGCUCAAGAACAUAUCAAUGAAUUUCAAAAUUCGCGCUCGAAGAUGUCGUUAACAAUUUCUGCACAGAAUAAUGAACUUAAUGAAGAAAAGAGGUAGAAAACAACAAAUUGAAGCGUAUUUAAUAAUAGUUAAUAUAUAGAAAAUUGUAAAAUCAUUCGAAUGGUCUAGAUCAAAAUUAUAAAAAUGAUUUAGCAUAAAAUGUUAUGGGUUUUCUUACUUAUAUGAUAUAAAUUUUAAAUGGUACAUAAAUGCAAUUUUCGAUGCCUUACGAAAUUAAAAUAAAGAAUUUUAAUUACAAUAAUCGCCAAGUUAAGAUCGUACAUAAUCAUCUUAAACAAAUUUGUGGCAUAGAAUGUUGUCUCUUUUUCAUAGUAAUUUUAUCAUGUACAUUUAGCAUCGUAUUAUUUUUUAAGACUGACUUGUCUGCUAUAAAAUAAUGUACACUUAUGUACAUGUACACACAUACAUACAUACAUAUAUACACGUAUACAUGAAAAUGCACUUUUGAUUAAUUGUAAGUUUCUAAUGUUUGACACCUUUCCACCUCGAAACACGGAGUUUUCUAUUUCCAUUAUGUGGAUGUAUGUUACUAGGAUUGUACAAGUUUGUUAUAAAAUACAUUACUCUGAGAAACUC